UGCUCUGCGCCUGCGCUUCCGCCCUGAAGCUGUGCUGCACUACCCGGCUGCGGAGCACGCUGCCUAGUGUUUGGCCUUGGGAUGGCCCCCAAGCUCCCAACCUCUGUGGACGGGCUCCGAGCCGCCGGCAACCAGAGUUUCCGCAACGGCCAGUUCGCCGAGGCCUCGGUGCUGUACAGCCGUGCGCUGCAGGUGCUGCGGGCGCAAGGUUCUUCAGACCCUGAAGAAGAGAGCAUUCUGUACUCAAACCGAGCAGCAUGCCACUUGAAGGAUGGAAACUGCACAGACUGCAUCAAAGACUGUACUUCAGCACUGGCCCUGGUUCCAUUUGGCAUGAAGCCCCUACUGCGGCGAGCAUCUGCUUACGAAGCAUUGGAGAAGUACUCUCUGGCCUAUGUCGACUAUAUGACUGUACUGCAGAUUGAUGACAGUGUGAUGUCAGCCUUAGCAGGCACCAACAGAAUGACCAAAGCUCUUCAGGACUCUCUUGGACCUGAAUGGCGCCUGAAGCUACCCACUAUCCCAUUGGUACCUAUUUCAGCUCAGAAGAGGUGGGAUUCUGUGCCUUCUGAAACCCACAAAGGAAUAACUGAAAGCAAAUCCAAAGAAACCACACUUGCACAGAGCAGAGUGCCAUCUGCUGGGGAUGUGGAGAGAGCCAAAAUUCUGAAGGAAGAAGGCAAUGAGCUUGUAAAGAAGGGAAACCAUAAGAAAGCUAUUGAGAAGUACAGUGAAAGCCUCUCGUUUAGUAACCUGGAAUCUACCACGUACAGCAACAGAGCACUCUGCUAUUUGGUCCUAAAGCAGUACAAUGAAGUAGUGGAGGAUUGCACAGAAGCCCUCAAGCUGGAUGGGAAGAAUGUGAAGGCAUUUUAUAGAAGAGCUCAAGCCUACAAGGCACUAAAGGACUAUGAAUCCAGCUCUGCAGACAUCAGCAGUCUCCUGCAAAUUGAGCCCAGGAACGGGCCUGCACAGAAGUUGCAGCAGGAAAUAAACCAGAGCUUAAACUAAAAAUCCAGAAGGGCAGCAGGAAACCUCCACCUGAUCUCCUUCCUCUGUGCCUGCUCCCGGGACCCAGCAUGCCCCACAGUGAACUUGGAAGCAUCCUUCUCUGCUCCUCAGAGGUGAAGGCCUCCCACCCCUCAAAAGGCUUCGCUUGUUCACAUUAAGCUCAGUGUGUAGUCAAACAAACACAUUUUACUGGCACCUUCUAGAGUUCCCCAACCCCACCCAAUCACACAAGCAGGUCCUCACUAGUGAAGUAGUUGGCUCUGUCCUGCCCCACACAUGCUCCAGGUUGCGUGCUGUCCCUCUCUAGCUUCAGCACACCAUCCUUAACUGUGGUUCAUCUGAGCAAACUGAGCUUGGAGUAGGGGCAGGAUGGGAUGGAUUUAGCCCAUCAAUACCGAAAGCAGCCUGGUGAGCUGGUUCUCCUGAGCUGCUGCCUCCACUCUACACAUGUACACUCCUGUAUUCUGAGUCCCAGUGCCUGUUGGCCAGGUUUUGUCUGCCCCUGUGUCAUUGGGGGGUGUGUGUGUGUGUGUGUGUAUGUGUGUGUGUGUGUACAGAAACCUGACCCCAGGUUGGCUCAGUCUGUGUGUUGCUGCCUCCUGCAGGUAGGUGCCUGCCAGAGCUGUUUCCAGAGAACAGGAGGGUGGUCCCUCCUGAAGGUAGAACAGGUAAAAAAAAAAAAAAAAAAAAGCUGCCUCAAAGGUAGUGUCCUUCCAUUCCAAGGCAAGGACUUCCCUUUUGACAGCAGCAGUCCCUCCAGGCUGCUGCUUUAUUCAAAACGUUACUUUGAACUGUGUGUUUAAGCUAUGCAUUAAAA